UGUUAUAAACCACUAAUUAAAGUCGCUUAAUGACUAUACUGUCGUCUGCAAAAAACAAAACAAGCAAGAUGUCGCGGUUUGGUCAAGACGACCCUAUAGCAUUUAGAAAAGAGAACUUUAAGUCCAAGAAAACUGGUCAACAAACACAUUUUGCUGUUAAAGUUUUGUCAGAUUUCAUUGUUGAAAGAGGUAUGGAAAUUGACAUUUUGGAAGCCACAAAAGAUGAAAUCGCAAAUUUAUUGCAAGAUUUUUAUGCCAACAUCCGAAAUAAAAGUCAAGAAUAUUACAAGAAAAAUACUCUUCUAGCCAUACGACAGAGCAUAAAUAGAUAUCUGAAGGAGAACGACAGGUUUUUUGACAUCAUAACCGACCCCGAAUUUACCAGAGCAAACGACAACUUUACUUCCCUACUCAGGAAAACGGGAGAAGAGGGAAAAGGAACUGUCACCCACCAUGAGGCUAUCUCACUAGAGGAUUUGAGAAUGCUUUAUGAACACCCACUAGUUUUUAACACGUCAACUCCUCAGGGCCUCCUAAAUAAAACUAUAUUUGAGACAAUCUUAUAUUUCUGCAGAAGGGGUCAGGAAAAUCUCUCACAAUUGAAGGUUGAUGAAUUUAAAGUUGACUCGGAUCAAAAAGGGCAGAUGUUUGUCCGUAAACUUACAACAGAACUAACAAAAAACCACCAAGGUACUACAAAUGAGCCAGAGGGUUCAGGGGGAAUGAUGUAUGCUACUGGCACAGAUAGAUGUCCUGUUAAGUCUUUUGUUAAAUAUCUAAAGAAACACAAUAAUGCAAGCAAUAGAUUAUUCUUGCAUCCAAAGAAUUCAUUCAGUGAACAAGAUGAUAUGUGGUCCAGAAAUGAACCAAUUGGACAGAACACCAUAAAAGUGUUUAUGAAGAAUUUGUCGAAGUCCGCAAAAUUAUCUAGAGAAUACACCAUCCACUGUAUCCGGUCAACAUGCAUAACCUUGCUGGACUAUAGUGGCUUCCAAUCCCGUCACAUCAAGACUAUCAGUGGACACAGAAAUGAGGCAUCUUUAUCAAGCUAUUGUUAUGAUACUUCAGAUAAAAAGAAAAAGAGUAUGUCUGAUGCAUUAAGUAAAUGUACCUAUGGAACAUUACAACAGACAGAAAGUAGGAGUGUAACUAUUAGCUUGUCCCAGGAAAAGACUGUUUCUACCUUCACGUCGGAUGAGAAUGAACAGCCAAUACCUCUACCAGUAAUAGAGACUGUUUCUGCUGUUAGAAAUAGUAAGAGACAAGUUGAAACUGCACCAUAUGAUCCAGAUAUCAUUGACUUUUUGGGACUACCUGAUGAUGUUUUGGUGGACUAUUGUCAAUCAGUCGAGAAUUCUGACCACCAAAUUAGUGCCCCAAAGCAAAUGAAGAUGAUGCCAUUGAUGAAUAUUUCAAAUUGUACUGUUAAUAUCAACUAUUACAAUAAUUGAAUUUGAACAAUGAUGGAAAAUACAUUGUAGUAGAUAUUAUUUGAGUUAUAAGGACAUUUAAGAGACUUAGUUUCUGUUAAAACUUUAUUUUAUAUGUGUUAACA